CUGGUUUUUACGGGACUGGCUGACGAACCAGAACCAGCUCCAGUCUGAGGACCGGAGGAUCUGAGCCGUCCUCAGUCCCCGCAGGUUAACGGUCUCUCUCUCCAUUUGGAUCCCGGUGUGCGUGUUUUUACCGCGGGACAGACUCUGGAUGAUCCGCCCUCUGCUGAUGUGCGUCGUCCUCUGCGUCGUCUCCGGCAGCAGCAAACCCACAGAGAAGAAGAGUCGGGUUCACGAUGAGGAGCCUCUCAGCCUCGUCGAGCACGACGACCGCAAGAACUACGACUACGACCACGAAGCCUUUCUGGGUCGAGAUGAGGCCAAAACCUUCGACCAGCUGCCCCCGGAGGAGAGCAAGCGGCGGCUCGGCAUCAUCGCGGAGAAAAUCGACGGGAACAAAGACGGCUUCAUCUCGGAGGAGGAGCUGAAGGUUUGGAUCAAAUCCGCUCAGAAGAAGCACAUUUACGACAGCGUGGAGCACCAGUGGAAAGACUUCGACGUUAACGGCGACGGGCUGAUCAGCUGGGAGGAGUACAAGAACGUGACGUACGGCAGUUACCUGGACGACCCUCAGGCGGACGCAGAGUAUAACUACACCCACAUGAUGGCGAGGGACGAGAGGCGCUUCAGAGUCGCUGACGUAAACGGAGACAUGAGCGCCGACAAGCAGGAGUUCACGGCGUUCCUCCAUCCUGAAGAUCACGGACACAUGAAGGACGUUGUGGUGCAGGAAACGAUGGAAGACAUCGAUAAGAACGGAGACGGUUUCAUCGACCUGAAAGAAUACAUCGGUGACAUGUACACUGCGGAGGACGAGGAGGAGGACCCUGAGUGGGUGGCGUCAGAACGUCAGCAGUUUUCUGAGUUCAGAGACAAAAACAAAGACGGGAAAAUGGACAAAGAGGAAACUCUGGACUGGAUUCUUCCUUCUGAUUACGACCACGCUGAGGCCGAGGCCAAACACCUUCUGCACGAGUCCGACGCCAACCAGGAUGGGAAACUCACCAAAAAGGAAAUCCUGGAUAAGUUCGACGUGUUUGUUGGAAGUCAGGUGACGGACUUCGGGGAGGCGUUACUACGACACGACGAGUUCUAGCGAUUUUACUUGAAUUUAUUUUGUUAGGCAGCGGGAGAGGUGGGCUACAUCUGGCGGUUUGGUCUGUCACGUUCAGGACUCUCUGCUCCGGCCACCUUUUCACUGGUUGCUGAAAACUGGUUUGAAGUGUUUUUAUAUUUGUUUUAUAUUCUCAGAGCACGUCUUGUUUUUUCAAAAGAUUUAAUGAGAGAAAGAAAGAUGUUGGAAAUGUGAUGAAGGGAUGAGUAAAAAGUUGUUACUCUGCGUUUGAUGUCAAACUAAUUCACAGCAGUGUUUCCUCAUUUGCACACAGACUUUCACAAUAAAAGUUGAAAUGCUC